AUGAGCAGCGCAGACGUCAUCGAUGCGCUCUUCGUAAAGACCGUCGACAUGGUCCAGUCGCUCCCCAAAUCGGGACCAAUACAGACAUCCUACGAAGAGAAGCUCGCACUCUACAGCCUCUACAAGCAAGCCACCGAGGGCGACGUCCACUCCAAGCGUCCAGGCAUGCUAGACAUGCUCGGCAGGGCAAAGUGGGACGCAUGGUCCAAAGUCAGCGGCCUGCCUCCUAGAGACGCAAAGCAGAUGUACGUAGAGUCCAUGCUCAGGAUCCUCCGCCGCUUCAGCGAUCGUCCACAGGCGGCCGCCCUCAUCCAGGAACUCGAAAACUUCUCCGGUCAGGUCGCACAGCGCGUCAUGGACGGCUCCCUGGCCCAGGUCGACUCCGACGACGAAUCGCUCACCGAAUCCGACACCGAUGACCAGCAGCGUCUCGACCCAACCGGCCUCCACCAGCCUCCCUCGGGCCCUUCUCGACAGCAGCCGCCUCCGCCCCAGCUGCCCUCUCAUCUCGCCCCCCAUCCUCCUUCCGUCACGGGCACCAGCACCGCUGCCACCCGCGGCGGAGGCGCCGCUUCCGCCAUCUCCACCCAAAGAACACCCUUGGCCUCCGAAUCGGAACAAGACUCUUCCGACGACGAUCAUCUCGGCUCCCAACCAGGUCCAUUCCGUAGCGUCGCACGCCAUCCUGCCUCGCACGCCCCUCCCUCCAUCCACUCGUACCGUCCUCAGCCUCGUCCAGGCUCCGUAUCCGCCACCGAAGGCUACGCACGAGCUCCUCCCUCUCGCUCCAACGUGCCUACAUCGUCGGUCCACGACGCAUCCACGACGCUUCGACCGCGCGGCCCUCCAUCGCUGCAGGGAGGCUACACGCGUCAUACCUACGCGCCCCAAUCCACCGCCGCCUCCGUCGCCGGCUCCAACUAUCCUCGACAGCCUGAACCAGGCCACUACCAGCGCAGCACCUACGCCGCUUCCUCCGUCGGCGGUCGCUCCGUCGGCACCAGAACCGGGCCUGCACCCGUCUAUCCACCUCGCCCGCCAUCCAACGCCGGUUCCUCCCACCAACCGCCUCGUCCCGAGAUGGAGAUGGCGCUCCAGUCCAUCCAAGCAUCGCUCGCGGCGCUGCACGAGCGUCUCAAUCGCGUAGAGGGUCGCGCUUCAUCUGCAGCCGCCGACGAUGCUCGCCAUCCCAGCUCUUCGAACCAACCCGCCACAGCACGCCUUUAUCACGCGCUCAUGAACAUCGUCGACGACGUUCGACAGCUCAUCGGCCUCAACGCCGUCGCACGCGGGCCUCGCUCCGAAGCGCUCGCUCCCAGCUUCCUCGCCGAGGGUGGUGGCGCCACCAACCGCAGUGGCGCUGCUUUCCACCUCUUGACUUCGCCCGUGCGCGUCUUGGUGGCGCUCGUCAACCUGGGCGCUCGACUGGCUCUCGACAUCAUCAGCCUGGCGCUCGUGUCGAGCUUCUUUUUGUACGCCUUUAAGCGUGUGACGGGCCGAGGCGAUCCGUUGCUCAUGCUGCGCCUGCUCAAGCGCCUCCAACAGGCUCUCCUUCGCAGAGCACCUGCCUCUGCCAAGCAGCUGGUUGCUGAAGCUGUAUGA